AUGUCAGGGGAAUACGACGAUGUCCUAACAAACCAGCCAGUAGUCAUUGAUAAUGGUUCUGGGACGAUAAAGGCUGGUUUCGCGGGGCAGGAUCAACCGAAGUGUUUUUUCCCGUCCUUUGUUGGCCGACCGAAACAUGUACGCGUCAUGGCGGGUGCCCUGGAAGGAGACGUGUUUAUUGGCCGACGGGCGCAAGAGUUUAGAGGACUGCUCAAGAUAAAAUACCCGAUGGAACACGGCAUCGUCACAGACUGGGAUGAUAUGGAACGGAUAUGGAAUUGGGUCUACGCCGAAGAACUGGGCACGCUGAGUGAGGAGCAUCCUGUCCUAUUGACCGAGGCCCCUCUCAACCCUCGGAGUAAUAGAGACGUAGCAGCCCAAAUAUUCUUCGACACCUUCAACGUUCCAGCACUCUUCCCUUCAGUGCAAGCAGUUCUGUCACUAUACUCUUCAGGACGCACAACAGGCAUCGUUCUUGAUUCUGGCGACGGCGUUACCCACGCAGUGCCAGUGUUUGAAGGUUUCUCUAUGCCGCAUGCCAUCCGUCGUGUUGAUGUGGCAGGAAGAGACGUGACCGAUCACUUGCAACUGCUUCUCCGAAAAUCCGGACACCAUCUGCAUACGACAGCAGAGCGCGAAGUCGUCCGUACGAUCAAGGAGAAAUGUUGCUACGUUGCGCUGAAUCCUGCAAAGGAAGAAAAGGAUGCGCUUGGUCGGUCAGAAGAGUUCAGGCUUCCGGACGGAAACAUCGUUCAGCUCGGACCUGAACGUUUCCGCGCCCCUGAAAUAUUGUUUAAUCCCGAAUUAAUCGGUCAGGAGUACGCCGGUGUCCACCAGGUUGUUGUGGAUUCAAUCAAUCGAGUUGAUCUUGACCUUCGCAAGAGUUUAUUCUCCAAUAUAGUCCUGAGCGGUGGCAGCACACUAUGCAAAGGCUUUGGAGACCGCUUGCUUAAUGAAGUGAAGAAGCUGGCUCUGAAAGACGUCAAGAUCAAGAUUUAUGCUCCUCCAGAGCGAAAGUACUCGACAUGGAUUGGAGGAUCUAUUUUGGCUGGUCUGAGCACUUUCAAAAAGAUGUGGGUUUCAGCCGAGGAGUAUCAAGAGGAUCCUGAUAUCAUCCACAAAAAAUCGGGCUUCUAG